AUGGAGGCAGCACCAGUGGAAGCAAUUAAUGCUGGCCCUGAAAAAGGGCGCGGCCUAUUUACCACCAGACCUCUAAUGAAGGAUGAAAUUAUUUUCGAGGAGAAACCUCUCAUAUGCUGUCAGCUCUCGUGGAACCGCUUUUAUGGCUUCAAGAGUUGUGAUUAUUGCCUUAAACCUUUGGAAUCUCCGCAAGAUAACGCUCGCAGGCUUUUGCAUGACAAUAGUUUUGUUCUUCCGGUCAUCCUCGGCACAAUUGAUGGACAUUCUCCCGUGCAGACUUUUAGAUGUCCCUCAUGUGAAGUUGAAUACUGCAGUGAGACUUGUCGUGUCGCCUCCGAAAGUGAAUAUCACGCUUUUGUCUGCUCCAGCGGCCCAAAUAACUCUUUUUUCAAACUUGAACAGGAAUGGCGAGAGUCUCAUCUGCUUCCGGAAACAGGAACCGUGAUGCUUCUUGUAAGAAUCGCUGCGACCCAUUUCAGCGCUCAUUUUCGCCAAAGCGAAAGGGCACAGCAUAUUGUCACAGCGCUUUCUCGAUUUGUUUCGUCCCCCAUCGUUGGAUUGCCAGAGAGUAAUGAGUGUGACCCAUGCAGUUCUGCAUCACUAACACACAUAAUGCUGGGACCAAAGUUCUCGGGUAAUCUUGCACGAUUGCAUAUCCUGUUUAUUGAGGUCUUGAAAGAGAUGGUUCAGCGAAUAGGGGCUCCCCUUUCUCCAAAUGAGUUCCCGAAUGUGUUGCAACAGAUUGGUUUGGACCAAUUGCUCUCAGAGUACGGCUUCAGCUCUGCUAUGUGUCUGAUAGGACGGAAUGGUCAGGGGAUUGGAGCGAGCUCCUUAGGUGCCUGGGGCAAGUCCAUGGAGAAAAUACUUAGCAAAAGAGGUGAUCCAGUGGAAGAAAAGCAGUUUUCUGUCUUUCUUGAUUCCCUUUACGAGAGGCUCGAAGAAGUAGCUGGUGAUCUCCUUAAUGUUGAGGGUGUCGGACUCUAUGAACGUCAGAGCCUUAUUAAUCAUUCCUGCGAGCCAAACGCUUCCGUGCGCUUCGAGUUGGGAACCAACGAACUGUCAGUAGUUGCUACUGAAGACAUUGUCAGUCCGGGUACGGAGAUUACGAUCUGCUACUUUGACGAAUGCAUGCUGUUACGAGGCGUGCACUCGCGGCGGAAGUACCUGCGUGAAUACUACCUCUUCGUUUGUAAAUGUCCUCGGUGCAUUCGAGAAAAAGAUGACAAUGCAGAAAGUGAUACAACUGAGGAUGAAGAUGACGACUACGAGUCAAUGGACGAGUGA